AACGUUUUCCUAUAUCUGAAAAGUUUUAAAUCAUGGCGGAAGAAGAAAAUCCAGAUACUUAUUUACAAGAAACUGAAGUAGAAGAAGUUGUAAACCAAGAUGAAAAUGAAAUGGAGCAAGAUUUCGAGGAAAAUGAAGAAUUGGAUCCAAAUGCUGCUGGUAUUCACUCAGUAAUGGAUCUUUCGGUUCAAGGAUUUUUUGAACAUAAAGACUCGGUAUUCUGUGUUUCUAUGAACCCUGUGAAAGUGAAUCUCUGUGUUUCUGGCGGUGGUGAUGAUUUGGCAUACAUUUGGGACAUCACCAAUGGCGAGCAAGUUUGCCAACUGACAGGUCAUAAUGAUUCUGUCAUUACCGUAGGUUGGAGUUUUGAUGGCAACUAUGUUGCUACUGGUGGCAUGGAUGGCCAGAUUCGGGUGUGGAAGACUGACUCAGGUUUUGAAUUCAUCACUGCUACUGAAACCACAGACGAAGUAGUUUGGUUGACUUGGCAUCCUAAGGGUCUAUUCCUUGCUGCUGGUUGCAAUGAUGGUAGCGUUUGGAUGUUGAGUAUGCCUUCUGGUAAGGUAGUUCAAGUUUUCUAUGGCCAUACUGCUCCGGUAAAUGCUGGCAAAUUUAUUCCCCCUGGAGUUGGAAAGCGUUUGGCUACAGUUGAUGAUGUGGGUACUUUAAUCGUUUGGAAUCCAGGUACUGGUGCUACUGAAUGCCGAAUGACAGGUGAUGAUCACCGCUUUGAUCCUGGUAAUGCAGAAAUAUCUGCAGGAUGGACAAGCUUCGAUAGUAACGAAGAUGGUAAUGUCAUGUUCCUCGGUGGCUCUUCCGGGAAGGUGAAAGUUGUAAACAUCAACAAUAGCAGCAUUUUAGCUUCCUUGGAAACACAACAUGAGAGCGUGGAGGCCGUCUCGUUAUGUUCUACUUUACCUAUUUGUGCUUGUGCUAGCGUUGAUGGUACUGUUACUCUUUACGAGUCUUCCUCCUUAAAAUUUAGGCGAAGUCUCCCUCAUGGUCAAGCUGUUAUUGACUGCGCUUUCCUUCCAAACUCACCAUAUCUGCUUACAGCCUGUGCUGACUGUACCAUUCGUAAAUGGGAUGUCCGCUCCGGUCAACUCUUGGGCGAAUACACUGGACAUCAAGAACCUAUUCUUUGCAUGUCAAUCACCGCAGACGGAAAACGGGUUGUCAGUGGCUCUGACGAUACAGAACUAUUAGUAUUUAACUGUGAAAACUAAUAAGGCCGUCUGUAUUGAUAUAAUUUUUUUGGUUGGAUUUUGGAUUUAGACAGUUCAAUAACAUUAUGUUGGGUUACACGAUAAUCGAAGUUGUAUUAUACGGCUUUAUUAUAAAGCUUUAUUCAAUGAAAUAAAAAUCU